ACCCGACCCGCGGGUUAUGAGAUGAGCCGCGCAUCACUAACACAGACAUUCAUGUUCAGUGAAGCUCUUCCCACAACAAUCACAUAUUCAGUAAUAAAUGCUGGAAGAUUCCCAUCAGUUCAGAAGUGAAGACAAGCAUCAGAGCAUCAGGAAGAGCUGAAAUCUGAUCUGAGACUGAGUUUAUUAACACAACUUUACGUAGAAAGGACAAAGAAGAAGGCGAGAGUUAUUCUUGCAGAUGGCUCUCAUCCUCUUUUCAGCCAGUUUGAGCUCUUGAAGUCAGGUAGACGUUAUAGAGUUCCCCUAGCAAAUAAAAAUGUGUAUAAGAGGUCCUUUAUCCCCAAUGCAAUUAGAAUCAUUAACUCAGCAACUUUUUAAUUAAGCAGUGUGUAAGGCUUUAAUUGUAUCCAUUUUUUCCUUGUGUUGUGUGUGUAAUGUGACUAGUUUUUGUGAUUUUAUUUUAUUUGUAUGUUGUUAUUAAUUUUGUUGUGUUGGUGAGCCAAAGACAAUUUUCCACUCAGGUGUACAAUAAAGUUGUACAUUACAUUACGUUACAUUACAUUAAAGAGGACAGAGAGAAGAUGAGAGAUCCAGAGCCCUGCAGAAUCAAACACACUGAAGAUACUGAACAACAAACAGAGAUUAUUGACAAAUACAAUGAGAAUGAAGAACUGAGUGAAGUUGAGGAGAAAAAUCAUGUCAAAACUGGAGAAAAAGCUUUGAGCUGCCCUCACACCAAAGAGAAAGAUUUAAAGAAAAGAAGAGUUCACACUGGAGAGAAAGCGUUCAAGUGUUCAGACUGUGACAAGAGAUUCAGUCAGUCAAUACAUCUGAAAACACAUGAGAGGAUUCACACUGGAGAGAAAGCGUAUCACUGCACUGCGUGUGGGAAGCGUUUCAGUCGUUCAUCUGCUCUACACAGACACACAAAAACAUUCACAAUUUUAUAAAUAAUCAUGGUGUCUUAGGGCUGGAGGAAGAUUGUCAUCCUUUGGAGCAGAAAGGGCUGCAGCCAAACGUUCUUGGGUGUGCUCUCCACUCUGCGGAUCUCUCACUUGCAGGUCAUCAUGAUCGUCGCCUCCAGUUGAUCUUCUUCUGGUUCCAUGAUGUCACCAUUUGUGAUGCAGAUGUUGUGCAGUAUAGUACAACAAGUGAUGACCUCUGGAGCAAAUUCUGGCUUGACUUCAAGGGCCUUGAAGAAAAGUGACCGCCAUCGCGUUUUCAAACAGCCAAAAGAUCUCUCAAUGAUGGACCGAGCUUUUGCAUGGUGGAAGUUGAAACGCCAUUGACUUGCAUUUUGUAGUGGCUCUCUAUAUGGAGUGAUAAGAGAGAUUGGGUGGCUAA